AUGACUCAAGCACGACCUAAGCCAGAUUGGGAAGUUGGCCAGUUGGUCUAUGUUGCCGAUAUCUGGAAAUGCUCCAACAAUGUCACGAUUUACAACGACUGCAUUGGCAAGAUCGAAAGCCUCCAAUGGACGACCUGGAAUGGCUUCACCGGAUGGUGCUACAACCUUAUGGUCACCAAAGGCAAUACGACUGUCCAUGGCAAAUACUGCCAUGUGCCCGAAGAUAUUCUCUUCGACGUUUCCGUUGGCGCCGACGUCAAGGACUAA